AUGAGCCAUCCCGGCUAUGGGCAGAGCAGCCCCAGAUCCCCCGCGUCGACGAAGCGGCACAAGUGUCCCCACUGCGAUGUUGACUUUACUCGCCAUCACAAUCUCAAAAGCCAUCUCCUGACACAUAGUCAAGAGAAGCCGUUCGUGUGCCCGGAUUGCUCAUCGAGUUUUCGACGGCUUCACGACCUCAAACGACAUAGCAAGUUACACACGGGUGAGCGGCCGCACACGUGCAAGACAUGUGGUCGACGGUUUGCGAGAGGUGACGCGCUGGCGCGUCAC